GCAAGCGAGGCUGCUUUCCUCCUCCCAGGCCCGGCUUGCGGCCUGCUGCGGUUUCCAUAGCAACGACUCCUUCCUUCGCCUAGCGGGCAGCCCGGAAAGGCCCAGGCCGGCAUCCGCCGACUCUGCCGCCGCCAUGCUCGUGCCGGUCUUCAGCCUGAAGCUCAGCCACAAAAUCCUGCCCCGCGGCGUGGCGCUGGGCAGGUACGACGGAACCCACCCGUGCCUGACGGCGGCCACGCAGGCCGGCAAGGUUUUUAUUCACAAUCCUCAUGGACGUGGACAGCACACGAAUGCAAACCGCUUAGCACUAAGUAGCCAGGAGGCUGAUAUUUCUUUGCUGAACAUCAAUGAAGCUGUCAGUUGUUUGACUGCAGGGAUGUUGAACCCUGAUCUUGGCUGUGAUUCCCUCCUAGUUGGCACACGGACCAGUUUGUUGGCAUACGACGUACACAACAAUGCUGAUUUGUUUUAUGCUGGGGUUCCCGAUGGAGCAAACUCUAUAGCCGUAGGAACGUUGGGAGACAUUUCCUGCCCCUUAGCAAUUAUUGGCGGAAACUGUUCUCUGCAGGGCUUUAAUUAUGAAGGAAAAGAUCUGUUCUGGACGGUCACUGGUGACAAUGUUCGUGCUCUCGCCUUUUGUGACUUUGACGGUGAUGGGAAAAAAGAGCUUAUUGUUGGAUCUGAGGAUUUUGAUAUUAGGGUUUUUAAAGAAGACGAGAUUGUGGCGGAAAUGUCUGAGACUGAGAUUGUCACGGCCCUAACUACGAUGAGCCCCGCUCGCUUUGGCUAUGCGCUGGCUAAUGGCACGGUGGGCAUUUACAACCAGGCCGCGCGCUACUGGAGGAUUAAAUCUAAAAAUCAGGCGAUGUGCAUCAGUGCCUUUGACAUUAAUUCCGACGGCGUCUGCGAAUUGAUAACUGGCUGGUCCAGCGGGAAGAUCGACGCACGCAGCGAUCGAACCGGAGAAGUCAUUUUCAAGGACAACUUUGCUUCUUCCAUUGCGGGAAUUGUGCAGGGAGAUUACAGAAUGGAUGGAAGUACACAGCUGAUCUGCUGCUCAGUUGACGGUGAAGUGCGAGGAUACCUGCCCGGGGCCCAGGAGGUGAAAGGAAGGCUGAUGGACACCAGCGUGGAGCAAGAUCUGAUUCGAGGGCUUAGUCAGAAGAAGCAAAACCUGCUCCUUGAGCUACGAAACUAUGAAGAAAAUUCAAAGCAGGUGGAACUAAACACUCAGGUAAAUGAGAUGGAUGGCCAAAGAGGUGUGAUCCCGGCAAACACACAGCUCCAGACUGCAUUGUCCAUCAAUCUGGGAUCGGAAACUGAAUCCGCUCAUAUAGAACUCUGCAUAUCCACAUCCAAUGACACAAUUAUCCGAGCGGUGCUGAUCUUUGCUGAAGGCAUCUUUGAAAAUGAGAGCCACGUAAUCCACCCCACUCCUCAGACUCUCUCGAGCCACAUAAAAGUCCCGCUCGCUCCGCCGAAAGACGUCCCGGUGGAGCUAAACAUCAAAGCCCUGGUUGGAUACAAGAAGAGCACGCAGUUCCAUGUUUUUGAGCUGUCCCGGCAACUCCCUCGCUUCUCGAUGUAUUCGCUCUGCAGCCCAGACUCUGCGACCAGGCCUGUGAGCUUUGUAAAAUUCACUCUGGGGGAGAAGGUGCAGAUGGGCAUCACAUGGAUAAAACAGAAUUUCCUGUUACCCGAGGAUGUGAAGAUGCAAAACGAGUUGCUGGAGGUCUGCUUUACCUCCCUCCGUGAUACAGGACAGUUGUGUAUCCGACUGAAUCUCAGUGGAGAGAUCUCCAUUCACACCGAUAACAUUGACCUGGCUGGUGACCUCAUCCAAUCAAUGGCCUCCUUUUGGGCAAUUGAGGACUUGCAGGUGGAAGCAGAUUUCCCCAUGUAUUUUGAGGAGGUGCACAAAGCUUUUGUUGGGGUGGACAGUUCCCAUACAGUUUGUCAGAAGCUCACAGCCAACAUGGCUGAGAGCUCCAAUUGCAUCCGCAGCAAGCUGGUUCGAGCAGAAGAUUCCCGCCUCAUGGGAGACUGGAGAAACAUGAAGAAACGGUAUGUGGAACUGUAUGACCUCAACAAGGAUUUAUUGUCUCAGUACAAGAUUCGCUGCAGCAAUCACUCGGAGCUUUUAAAUAAUCUCAAAGCAGUCAAUCAAGCCAUCCAACGAGCGGGACACCUCCGAGUUGGUAAACACAAAAUGCAAGUGAUUGCUGCCUGCCGGGAUGCUAUUAAGAACAACAGUGUUAAUAUGCUGAUCAAAAUCAUGCGCCUGGGGACAACUUGCUCUUGAUCCAGAGUGAAGGCUGGAGGCGAAAACUAGCCUAGGUUGGCAGCCCAGAGAGACGAGCAGAAAGAUCUAGCAGCAGAUAGACAGUAGGUAAUUCUGCCCGUUUAGUGGCCGGUAAAGUGCAGUAUGAAGACCUUACUAGGGCUGAUCGUUCGACCGCUUGUGGCAGGGAAGAGAAGGCCAGUAUCUUGGUUCUUUCUAAAUAUCAUGCUUGCGGAGAGAUGGCCAAGCUUUUGCGGACAUUACAGACCAAAUCUGGGAAUUUCAGAAGCCAAAACCGCCCUGGAGGCUGUUUAUUUAAAAUAGCAGUUUUUGAUUCAAUAAAACUUGACAGACCUCAGUCUA